GCUACUUGCUGCCUCAUGACGUCCGCACGUCAGACCUGCGGCAGGAGAAAGCCAUGCAGUCCGCCGUGGCCGCCAUGCAGCGCUUCUACGGCAUUCCUGUGACGGGAAUCCUGGACGAGACGACUAUAGAGUGGAUGAGGAGACCUCGCUGUGGCGUCCCAGAUCAUCCUCACACCAGCCGCCGGCAGAGGAAUAAACGCUACGCCCUGACGGGACAGAAGUGGAGAGAUAAAAAGAUCUCCUACAGCAUAUCCAACUUCACCCCUAAAGUGGGAGAGAAGGACACCCAGAGAGCGAUCCGACAAGCCUUCAACGUGUGGCAGACGGUCACUCCGCUCUCCUUCCAGGAGGUGCCAUACUCGGAGAUCAAGAACGAGGGUAAAGAGGCCGACAUCAUGAUCUUCUUCGCCUCUGGUUUCCAUGGGGACAGUUCCCCGUUCGACGGAGAGGGGGGUUUCCUGGCCCACGCUUACUUCCCCGGCGCCGGUAUCGGUGGAGACACGCACUUUGACUCUGACGAACCGUGGACGCUGGGAAACGCCAACCACGACGGUAAUGACUUGUUCCUGGUGGCGGUCCACGAGUUGGGUCACGCGUUGGGUUUGGAGCACUCAAACGAUCCCAGCGCCAUCAUGGCUCCUUUCUACCAGUACAUGGACACGCACAACUUCAAACUGCCUCUGGACGACCUGCAGGGCAUACAGAAGAUCUACGGCAUUCCCACGGCCAUGCUGGAACCCACCAGGCCGUUGCCUACCUUACCUUCUCGACGGCCCCACUCCACUUCCGAACGCAAGCACUCCCGACCGGCACGCCCGCCCGGUGACCGGCCCGCUCUGCCCGGGAACGGAAAACCUAACAUAUGUGACGGCAACUUCAACACUGUGGCCUUCUUCAGACGGGAGAUGUUCGUCUUCAAGAUGAUGAGUCCAGGCCGAUGUGAUAAGUACUGGGUGUUCAAGGAGGUGACGGCUGAGCCGGGUUACCCCCACAGCCUGGUGGAGCUGGGCACCUGCCUCCCCAAAGACGGCAUCGACACGGCACUGCGCUGGGAGCCGGUUGGAAAAACCUACUUCUUCAAGGGGGACCAGUACUGGCGCUACAAUGAGGAGAAACGCACAGCCGACCCGGGAUACCCCAAACCCAUCACUGUGUGGAAGGGAAUACCGGACGGACCACAGGGGGCCUUCAUCAGCAGGGAAGGAUACUACACGUACUUCUACAAGGGGAAGGAGUACUGGAAGUUCGACAACCAGAAGCUGACGGUGGAACCCGGAUACCCAAAGUCCAUUUUGCGCGACUGGAUGGGCUGCGACCAGUCCGACAUGGAGCGCUCCGGCAGCAAGGGUAACCGCGGUGACCGCCAGCUGCCCCUCGACGACGUGGACAUCAUGGUGACCAUCAACGACGUCCCGACGACAGUCAACGCCAUCGCCGUGGUGAUCCCAUGCAUUCUGUCGCUGUGCAUCCUGGUGCUGGUGUAUACCAUUUUUCAGUUUAAAAACAAAGGAGUGCAACAGAACACCAUGACGCAGCACUACUACAAAUACCCCGUGCAGGAAUGGGUAUGACAGGCAACUUUCCUUUGAAGAGGUCAAAGUUCACCGAUUAAAGAGGGUCAAGCUGUCUUCAUAUUGUUAGCUAGCUUAUCUUGGCUAACAGUCAAGAAACGCUAGCAAAAAACAAUGGAAAAUCAGUGCUGAAAGACGCAAAUUGUGCUAGCUAGUGAUAAAAUGGCACACACUGAAAAUGCUCUACAGGAGUAUAUUUAGACAUUGGCUCAAAGUGUGUGUGUGUGAGCGGGAGGGAGAUUUGUGCCUGUCCUGUGACACAAGCACUAAAACAGCAAGGAUACUGAUUCUUUCUUUUCUCGUUCCUCAUCGGGCAAGGACGCUUAAAACAGUUCGCAAAAGAAGGAUUCGCUAAGGGAGCGAUAAACAGCAGAUUUUUCACCUGAUUUGCCCGAAAGCUAAGUGAAAUGGGGUCUUGUGAGCGAUACUGGACUUUGACUCUUUCUUGUGGGACCUACGACACAACUCUCCUUCUCAGUGAAAAGAAAAAGAAAAAGAGGAUUUGGGGCAAAAAGAAUAUGCUCCUUAAAGCCAGACACCACCUCCAAGUUUGUUCUAACAAAGCUUGUACUUCAACUAUUAAGUCAGAUGAAAUUUUAUUUAAAAAAAAAAGUUUUCAAAAUAUCAAAC